AUGAGUGAGUUCCAUAGGAGAAGGGCCACCAAAGAAGAGAUGGAGCAGGGUCAAAAGGAGAUAAGACUAGCUGAUGAAAGAAUGAAAGCAGAGGCUGAGAGUAGGGGUGAGAUGCCUAUACAAAACGGACCUGAAGAAAAACCUGAGGAUGUUGUAGAAGGGGAAACGUCUCCACCGAAAGAGGGUAAGAGAGAUGAACCUCAAAGAGGUACCCCUGCAAGGAAUUCCAAUCAGGGUUCAGGUGCCAAAGCGUUGUUGCCGCCUACACAACCUCCUCCUGAUCCUCCUGCCCUUUCUCUACGUCAAGAGGUGGUGAACUCCCUUGAGAAGAAUACGCCCGCCGACAAGGGUGAAGGCAACUUCAAUGGUGGACCUUUGAUGAGGGAGAUUGCAACUCCCCCUGAACAACAAGCAGGAGAUGAUGCAAACCAAGUGCAAGGGCAAUCCAUGGCACCCCCGUUGUUCACCGAGGAGCAGCUGAGAAACUUUGCUGCACUGCAGGGACAAGCCGCAUGGAUGUAUGGGCCCCAACAGUCGUUUUUCAAUCCAAUUGGUUUUUCACGUCCUUCAUUUUUGGAUGGAGAUGCAGCCAGAGCUUCAGUGAGUCAACAUGAAAGAGACAUGGAGUUUCUGAGAAUGCAAGCUGUGAGAGACCGAGAGGAGAAAGACGAAUGUAGAAGGCAGAUUGAACUGUUGGUAGAAGAGAACCGUCAGUUGAGAGCCAGGUUUGAAAGUGCUAGCAAGAUGCAGACUGAGGAUGAACCUAGGUUUGCGACUCCUGAGGAACAGCCGGAUCAGACCAGCCCAGGUUUCGACAUGGAUGUGGAUUGGUUGAAGCGGCGAAAGGAGGCUGACAGACCCCCAUCAAAGGAGGCUGACAGACCCCCAUCAAAGGAGGCUGACAGACCUCCAUCAAAGGAGGCCGACAGACCCCCAUCAAAGGAGGCUGCCAGACCCCCAUUCCUACCUGAGGCUGCAGAGUUCAAAACCCCCAAGGAGGCUGCCAGACCCCCAAAGGUGGAAGCAUCACAGCGUCCCCAAGAAGAAGGAAGCCGAGGUGCACCUGGUGGAGGGAAUGCGCAGUUCACUGAGAAAUCUUUGGAGUUCAUGGUGAUUAUGAUGGAAACUAUGAAGGACCUACACAAGAAGGUCAACGAGACAAAGGAUGAGACUGGCAUGGUUCGAGGAGUUGAGAUUGUGAGGUCCGGCACUCCUGACCUGCCGGUGUUGACCCCCUGGUCACCAAGCCAGGGUCCCCUCCAGUUGGGAGAUUGGCUUCUGACUGUGGAGCCGAUCAUAGCUGAUUUGUCAGCAACUUCAGAAGUGUGGUGGUCGCUGAUGGUGAAGUCUGCAGAGCAGUGGUACCAGAAGCACAUGAUGAUGCCCCCACUAGAUCGAGUUCAACAUGAAGUUCAACCGCCCCCAGAGGUCACCUUGGAAAAAUGGUCCAGGUUGGAAAGAAGAACGGCAUCGAUGCUGCUUCAAUCUGUGCCGGAGGUGGUCAAGGAGGAGUUGGUUUCAGCUCGACGGCUGAGCGUUUUUGGGAUUUUGACGCAACUGCUGUUGACGUAUUGCCCAGGUGGUGUCUUGGAGAAGCAGACAUUGCUGAGAAGUUUGGAGGAGCCAACAGAGGUCACCACGGUGGGCGAGGCUCCUGCUGCAAUACGUCGGUGGCUACGUUGGAAGCUGCGGUCCCAGGAGAUCGGUGCAGUGACCCCAGACCCGGCACUGUUGUUGAAAGGUCUGAACAAGUUAACACGCCGAGUCCUGGAGUCCAACAAAGAACUACAAUUCAGGGUCAGCCUGGCCCGAAAUUCCCUUGGUGUGGAUACGAGGCCGACCGACACCACAGUCAGCCAGUUUGCCACGCACCUUUUGGCUGAGAUCGAACAAGUUGCUCUUUCCGAAAAGAGGGCCACUGCUGCGAUGCCAAAGGGCGAGGUGAAGAUCAAAUACUUGGACGCAGACAAGAACAAGCCAAAGACUAAAGAGAGGUCUACAGAGGAGGACAAGCCGAAGCCAAAAUGCAGGUUUUUUCUCACGGAUGCUGGUUGCAAAAGGGGAAAGGAGUGCACGUUUAGCCAUGAUGUCAAAGAUGAUCGUCGCAGGUGUUACAACUGCGGCAGUGUGGACCACCUUUCACCAAGCUGCACCAGGUCAAAAGGCGCUUCUACCGAAACAAGCCCCAACAAGCCGAGGGUUGCCAAGGCCGAGGGGGAGGAGCGCAAUGUGACUUCACCAAUGAAGGAGUCAGAGACUGGAAGCCAAUCUAGUCAAGGGGAGGCAGUGAAGGACUUGCUGGAGGAGGCCAACCGGAUGUUGAAGUCUCUGUCGAGCUCUUCCAACACUAUUGCUUCUACAACCUCUUCGACGUCUGAAGAAGAGCGAAAAGAUGUGAUGGAGCGCCUUCAUCAGCAGCUGAAGUCGAUGAAGACGUUCAAGAUGAAGAGACUCAAUGUUGGGAACGACGUUGGACUUGUGGAUUCAGGUGCAACACAUCCACUUCGUCCUAGACAUGAAGGCGAGAAUGUGGAUUUGUACCCGGUGGUGGAGGUGGCAUUGGCAGAUGGAAGAACGGUGAGGUUGAAGAUGUCCCCUGGAGGUGCUAUGAUAUCACCUUCACCUGCCAUCGAGCCUAUCAUCCCCAUGGGCUUGUUGUCGCAGAAGCUGAACUGUGACAUUUCCUGGAAGCAAGGAUCUAUGCAGAUCCACCAUCCUCUGAGAGGAGAAAUCAAGGUGAUGAUGAAGGGAAGUUGCCCCCAUGUUGCCAGAUCUGAGGCUUUGACGUUGAUUGCGGAGCUGGAGGACAUCAAGAUGGGCAUUCCCAAUGAGAUUGGAAGUUUUGAUGCGGAAGUGGCAUGGCUGAGAAAGCUGGUGUCGCAACAUCCAGUGCUGUCUUCACUCCCAGAGCACAUCAAGGAGCGGCUGGUGGUGGAGCCUGGAACUUGGUCUGAUCUUCCAGGCAACAGACACUCAAGAAAGCGCUGGAAGAGGAGUGGCUUAGCAGUUCAUUUGUAUGCUGGGCCAGAAACAGGGUUCACUUUGCGGCAUGCCAUCAAACAGCUGGGUGGUUCUGUCGAUGCCUUGUUGGAAGUUGAUGUUCAACGAGGAGAACAACAUGACAUGCUGUCGGACCACGCAGUUUAUCGUGGUCUGUUGAGGGUGGCUUUGGAGGGAAAGAUCAAUGCGAUCGUUGGUGGGCCAAACUGCAGGACGAGAAGCUUGCUGAGGCACAUCCCCAUUCCAGGGCAGCCUAGUGCCCCGAGGCCGAUUCGCCGCUGGGGAGGUGAGGAGUUUGGUAUUCAUGAUGCAACAGAAGAGGAGAAACAGAAGCUUCAUGAAGACGAUGUUUUGAUGUGGCGUUUUUGGUUUUUGUACAUGGUUGCAGUGUACAUGAGAAGGGCCAGAAAGGUUGAGACCGAAGUGACCGUCUCUGUGGAGCAGCCAGCAACCCCCAAGGAGUUCAUGCCGGAGGUGGUGAGUUGGUGGGAUACAAAAGAAUGGGCAGAGCUGGCACGAGAGUUCAGCUUUGAGGAAUCAACUUUCAAGCAGGGUGAGCUUGGUGGUCUGACCCCGAAGCCAACGACGUUUGGUGGGAACUUGGAGCUCUACGCAGCUGGUCAUCAAAGGAGAUGCAGAGCAGGAGAAAGGGUAUCUUGCUCGUCCCAGCUUUCGAGAUGGGCCCCAGGAGUGAUGUCAAUGGUCGCCUCAGCUUUGAUCAGACAGGUUGAGGGCCCCAUUUUUAAAGGGAAAGCUAUGUCCUGGAGCGAGCAUUUGGCUUUCAGGCAUGUUCCAUACAGGAGAGAUUGUCGAGUAUGCCAGGAGAGCUCACAACAAUGCCCGCCUCAUCGACUGGUCAAGGACCCAAUUGCUGGAGUGCUUUCAAUCGACACAGCUGGUCCACUGAAGCCUGCUUAUGAUUUGGGUGGGCACAUGGCAAGGUAUUUUUUGGUUGGAGUUUUGACCUGGAGGGUGCCAAAGGGGAGUGACAAGAUGCAGAACCCCCCUCAAGAAGCAGCUUCUGAAGGAGCUCCGGAGAUUGAAGAAGGAGCUGAGGAUCCAGUUCCACCGGGUGAGGACGGAUUGGAAGCUGAGGAGUUGCUUCCAGCCCAGCUCCCUGGUGAAGCGCCGGCUGAAGGAGAGCCUGGCGACGCCCCUGGUGAGGACGGGUUGGAAGGUCAUGCAGAUCUUCCAGUCCAGCUCCCAGGCGAGGCGUUUGGACCCCCAACUUUGGAUGAGGUCACAGAGUUGAGAAGGUUCAGAAUGGCCUUGCCAAUGGGUUCCAAAAAGGCGAGAGAUGUGGUGAACACGGUGAUGGAGUUCGUGUUGCGGCUGCGGACGGAAGGGUUCCAUGUGGGCCGCAUCCAUUCAGACCAAGGUCAUGAGUUUGCUGGCGAGUUCAAGACAUGGGCCCGACAGCGUGGGAUCUACCUCACCAAAACACCAGGUGAUGAUCCAGCCGCAAACGGCAGAGCUGAAAUGGCGGUGAAGGACUUCAAGAACCAGAUCCGCAGAACGUUGAGGCAGGCCAGUGAAGAUGCGAAAUGGUGGCCAUGGGCUUUGAGGUACGUCAAUGAGGUGUACCGAUGUGUCCGGAUGGAGACAAGACCAAGUUGGCCAAGGUUUUUGGAAGAAGUAAGAGUCCGAAAGCGGACAUGGAGGCGGGAUGACCUGGACCCCAGAGUGGAGAAGGUUCAGUAUCUAUGCCCUUCAGUGGAAAACCAUGGUCAUUGGGUGAUCAAAGAAGGCGAAGCCCCACGCCUUACGCGCUACAUUUUGGCGCCCACCACUGAGCCGGAGGAUGAGACGGUUUGGAUUGCGGUGGAAAGAGAAGGGCGAGAUGCACAAGAACAGCGACGCCGAAUCAGAGGCAGAUCAGCAGUGAGGAGAAUGGAUGCCUCAGUUGCAGAUCCUGAGGAGGUGCUGGAAGAAAAGGAAAAGGCUGAAGUUCAAAGAUUGAUGAAGGUGGUGGAGGAUGAGAUGCAGUCCAUCAUCAACGACGACCCAGAUCUGGCCGCCGAGGAAGUCAGAAUUUUGGGAAGGCUGAGAAAAAUGGCUGAAGUGAAGGAGGAUGGAGAUGAGAUCCUUCAAACAAAGGUCAUCUCACCAAAGGAGGUGGUCAGAAACUGGUCGGAGUGGAUCCCAUCAGUGAGAAGCGAGGUGGAGUCCCUGACCAUUGAGAAGGCAGCCUUGAAGGAGCUGUCAAAGGAUGAAGUCAAAGCGUUGAAGAAGAAGGCAGAAAAGGAGGGUAAGAAGUUGGAGAUCAUACCUUCCAAACUGGUGUUCACUGUGAAACCUUCCCCAGACCACAAAGAAGGGAAAAAGAAAACCCGGUGGGUUGUUUGCGGAAACUAUGAGGAGAAGAAAGAGGGGGAGGAAAACUACUCAGGUGGUGCAGAUGCCACAUCUUUGAGGUUGUUGGCAUGGAUUGCAUCCCGCAUGAAGUGGGCCGGAUGCAUCCUGGAUGUCAGAACUGCUUUCCUCAACGCGCAGAUGGAACAGGAGCCGGAUGAGGACCUUCUUUUGGUCCAGCCACCCCACAUCUUGAAGGAGAUGAAGUUUCUGGACCCGGACACACUGUACCUGCCAUUGAAGGCAGUGUACGGCUUCAGGCGCUCACCAAAGCUUUGGGGUCUUCAUCGAGACAAAACGAUCAAGACCUUUGACAUCAAGGUGGUCAUUGAUGGCCGCUGCGAAAGCCUGGAGCUGAAGCCGAUGGAGUCAGAGCAGAACCUAUGGAAGGUGGUUGUGGUCAGAGGAGGCUUCCAAGAGGCAGAAGAAGAAUGGAUCUCAAACGGCCGAGUCAUUGGCCUUGUGAUGACGUAUGUCGACGACAUUUUUAUCGUCGCCGAGAAGCAGGUGGCGAAGUCAGUUGCUCAGAAGUUUCAAGAGACCUGGGCGACCACACAACCGGAGUGGGUUGGCGAGACACCAGUGAGGUUUUUGGGCCUGGAGGUGACUUGCCACCAAAUCGAGGGGGAGGAGAAGGUCCAAUGGUGCCUUUCACAAGAGGCAUACAUCAAAGACUUGCUUGGGCGCUAUGAGGAGGAGGGAAAACCACGAAAGCUCCCUAUCACCCGUGACCAAGCUUCGAUGCCUCCAGAUGUGAUUCCCCCUUCGCCAGAAGGAGUCAAGUUUUCCCAGAAGGUCAUCGGUGAGUUGCUUUGGCUGGUGACCCGAAGCAGACCAGAUUUGAUGUUUGGAGUUUCCAGGAUGGGGGCCAACGUUUUGAAGGCCGCCAACUGCAUCAAGGACACAGCAGCACAAAUGAGGUCCUAUCUCAGGAGAACUGCAGGUGAGGGCCUACAGUACAAGCAGAAGAUCGAUGACCCGAUCACGCUGUAUGUCUACUCAGACUCCAGCUUUGCACCCGAAGCAGAUGAGUCCCAUGGAUCGUUUGUGGUUAUGGUGAACGAUGGGUUGAUGUUUUGGAGAAGCGGCAGGCAGGGCACAAUCACCUUGAGCACGGCCGAGUCAGAGUUGAUGGAGCUCGUUGAGGCGAUGAUUGCAGGCGAGUCAGUUUACGUCGUGCUGGCAGAGCUGUUUGGUGAAAUCUCAAAGGUGGCAUUGUGCGAUUCGCAAGCUGCACUGGCCAUUUUGGUUGCUGAGGGCGGAAGCUGGAGGACAAGACACCUCAGGCUGAGGUGGGCGUUUGCUCGCCAAUCUGUGCUGCGUGGUGACUGGCAGGUGGGUCAUGUCCCUGGUGAGAAGAUGUUGGCGGACCUGGGCACAAAAGUUCUGACCUCAUCGAGGAUGGAAACUUUGAAGCAGAUGAUGGGCAUGGGAGUUGCUCAGCCCGAAGAAAAAGGUGUUGAAAUGGAGAAGGAUGAGAAAAAAGAAAAGGAGAUCAAGACCGACUCAAAAUCGGUCGCCACCAUGGCCGUCAAGCUCAUCACGAUGGCGGCCUUGUUGUCAGUGUCAAAGGCUCAAGGAGAUGAAGAAGACGAUGGACCAGCAGGUGACUUCCACAACUUUAUGGUCAUCUACACGGUGCUGAUCAUUCUGAUCACGCUGAUGGUCCAAAUCCUGUGGAAGGUAGGAGUAGGCGCAUUGGGCGAAAACUGGAAAAGAAUGUUUUUUACCCGUGGCCGAAGUCUCCCCAUGGGUGAGGAAACGUCAGUGGCAGAGGGUCGAGCAUGUGCUGAGGUGUGCGGACCCGUGGAAAGACCACAGCAUCUGCCCUCGGCUGCUGGGUCGUCAAACCAGCCAAGCCCCGCUGAGGACGGGUUGGGGAUGGAGGAGGGAUCCCCAGUCCAGCUCGCGGUGGCUGAGCAGCGACGCGCCGGUGAGGGCGGGUUGGGGCAGAGGGCCUCAGUCCAGCUCCCAGCUUCGGCUGGUGAGGGCGGGUUGGAGGGUCAUGCUGAUCCUCCAGUCCAGCUCCCGGCUGCGCCUGCAAAAGCUCCCCCGCCAAAGGAGGGACCAAAGGCCCCGUCAAAAGCGGGCCAAACACCAAAGGCCCCACCAAAAGCGGGCCCAAAACCAAAGGCCGCACCACAAAGUGGCCCAUCAGCUUCCAGCUCCUCAAGUGGAAGCACAUCAAGCAGUAUGACAGGCCGAAUUGAGACGGCGAUUCAAGACAUUGCGUAUGAAGAGGCAGCCCUGUGGGACCAUUUUGGGAGGCAGGGCGACUUUCCAGGAGUGCCAGAAGAUCAUAGCAGAGCAGAACUUGGAUUUCAGGUGUUGAGGUUGCGAUGCGCACCCGUGGAAGACCAAUCCCUGGAAGUCCGCUGCUUUUACGAAUGGGCGAUCAGACCGUCCAUACUGAUCGAAGAUGCCCGAGAGCACGACUGCCCUUUUGAAGCUCAAACACCCGAGCUGCUGCCGGUGAAAACAGAGAAGGCGGCCGCUUGCUACGAGGACGAGAUCACCAGCACCGGCUACGAGCUGACCCCUGUGGCUAUCGCCGCGGGCCGGCGCCUGGCGGAUCGCCUCUUCCUGGGCGAAGAUCGUGCCCGCAUUGCCUAUGAGACGAUCGCAACGGUGGUCUUCAGCCAUCCACCCAUUGGCUGCAUCGGCCUCACGGAGCCUCAGGCCAAGGCGGAGUUCGGCGAGGAGAACGUUCGGGUGAAACAGUCGCGGUUCAACAGCAUGCUGUACGCCUUCAACGAUGAUGACAAGAAGGUGAAGACGGGCCUCAAGUUGGUUUUGAAACUUCCGGAGGAAAAGGUCGUGGGUUUACACUGCAUCGGUCCCUACUCCGACGAGAUGAUGCAAGGCUUUGCCGUGGCAGUGCGCAUGGGCGCGACUCGCGCCGACUUCGAGGCCAGCGUGGCGAUCCAUCCCACCAUCGCCGAGGAGUUCGUGACCUUCGGCGGCUGGGGACAGGACAAGAGCGGCGAGAAGGUCAAGGCGCAAUUGCCACCGUACAUCCUAUCUGGUUGAGCUGGUCCAGCUGGGCGGCUGGUUCUUUUUGUUGCACCGUGGCCCGCGCAGGAAGCGCGGCAGCUGUGGAUGGCCCCAUCUUCGGCCCUCCAAAUGUGGGAAGAUGGGCGGCAAAUUGUUC